AAUCUCUCCCAAUGUGUUAAGGACUGACUUUUUGAUUUUUCUCAGGGAUAAUGAAAUGUGUAUUCAAUGGGGUCCUUCAGCAGCAUGACACCAUAUGCUUGAGCCUAUACAAGCGUGCAUAUCCCAAGUGGCCAGAACAUCGGUUCCCGCUUGAUGCUUGAUCAGGUAGGGGCUGGUCUUCAUCGAGACAGAAGACAUGCUUGUUCAUGAUGGGAAUGAAGCGCUGGUUCAGAUUUGUCUAUUCAACUUCCAUUGGUUGUUUGUUGAUGGUUGUUGUUGUUGAUAGAUUACAUGCAAUUCAGUGAAGUAAGCCUUUUUGCUUCCCAUUACCUUUAUUUUCUUAUUAUGGAGGAUAUAUAUGGAUGAGGAAUACGCAGCAAUGUAGCGCUCCUCUCGUUGAAGAAUCUAGUGGGAAGAAACAGAAAAAGAAAAGCCUGAUUUUUGU